AUGAGUUCCCAUAGUGAUGAAAUCGAAGAAGAGCAAAUAUCAAGAAUUGAGAAAGGCAAAGGCAGAGAUUGCCAAGGAGGAGGAGGACUCGAGACGGUCAUAUGCACUUCCCCUAGCAUUGUCUGCCUUACCCAAAAGUUGAUAGCAGAGAUGAUUGGGACGUAUUUUAUAGUAUUCUCUGGUUGUGGAGUGGUGGUAGUGAAUGUGUUAUACGGUGGAACAGUAACGUUUCCAGGGGUAUGUGUGACUUGGGGUCUCAUUGUUAUGGUCAUGAUUUACUCUACCGGUCACAUCUCCGGUGCACAUUUUAACCCGGCCGUUACCGUCACUUUCGCCAUUUUCCGGCGGUUCCCUUGGCAUCAGGUACCAUUGUAUAUAGGUGCACAGUUUGCGGGAUCGUUACUAGCAAGUUUGACAUUAAGACUAAUGUUCAUAGUGACACCCGAAGCUUACUUUGGAACCACUCCGACAGAUUCACCGGCACGAGCACUCGUCGCAGAAAUCAUUACUUCAUUCCUCCUCAUGUUCGUUAUCUCUGGUGUUUCCACCGAUAAUCGUGCGGUUGGAGAAUUAGCUGGUAUUGCGGUUGGGAUGACUAUAAUGUUGAACGUCUUUGUGGCCGGGCCUGUAUCGGGAGCAUCAAUGAAUCCAGCGAGAAGUCUAGGACCAGCAUUAGUGAUGGGAGUAUAUAAACACAUAUGGAUUUACAUUGUUGGUCCUGUCUUUGGAGUUAUGGCCGGAGGUUUUGUUUACAACCUUAUCAGGUUCACUGAUAAGCCACUCCGAGAGCUUACUAAGAGUGCUUCUUUUCUCCGUAGUGUGUCUCCAAGCCACAAAGCCUCUAGCUCUAAGAGCUAG